CUCCUUUUCGGGUAACCAAGGUAACGACGCUUUGUGGCAAAAUGGCGGCUGCUGCGUCAAACGGGUUUCUGCCUGUUUAGCCUAUUUUCGUUGCUCUUUUCAGUUGUACUUCUUUUAAUAACAUUUUAAAAUGUUUCAUGAUGAAACCUUAGAGGCUGUGACUGUUGAGUCACAGUGGAAGAAAUCUCAGCUGGGAACGUUACACACGAAAAGCUGUCAGAGCACACCUGUGCACACUGCAGAAGCAUCGGUCCAGACCGCCUUUACCACUGAUGGUGAUGCACAGACAGACGAGCAGACACAUCAGAACCACCAACAGAACUGGGACCAGCCACCGCCGCCCGGCCUCCUCGACUUCCUUCAGAAAGUUGAGGACAAGGUCGUCAGGGAGUUGGUGAAAAACGCCAAGAGCCAUGCUUUUGAUGGAUUUCAGGCAAACUGGGAGGAUCACAGCACAGGGGUUUCCCGCCUCCACUGUCUUCAGUAUCCCAGUGCUCAAGAGCAAGGCUUUCAUGUCACCAGCGUGAGCUGGAGCUGCACAGGUUCAGUCGUCGCCUGUGCCUACGGUCGGACGGACGAUGGAGACUGGAGCACGGAGAGGUCUUGUGUUUGCCUGUGGAAUCUGGAGCAGAGAGGCCUGCAAAGCAACCAGCCCAACCUGAUCAUAGAUGCUCCUUCAGCCGUCACAGCACUGUGCUGUCACCCCAAUCAUCCCGCCCUCAUCGCAGGCGGUCUUUACAAUGGAGAGGUGGUGGUCUGGAACACCAGCCAGACUCAGGAUCCUGUCUGGGCUCAGACUGGGAUGUCUUCAGACAGUCACAGAGAGCCUGUGUACCAGGUUGCCUGGGUGCCCCUGCAAAAGAAAGGAGACUUUGGGAUUCUGAGCGCCUGCUCCGGUGGAAGAGUGCUGUUGUGGCUUGUGGACUCGUAUCGGACCAGGCUGGUUCUGAAUGAUGGAUACGCUUUAGCCAAACAGCAAAUUCCACACAGCAUCAGUGUUGGUCUGAAGGGUCGUGGCAGCAAUACUGUGGGCGUCACCUCCCUUGCUCUGUCUCCGUGGGACUCCGACACCUUCCUGGUGGGGUCCGAGGGCGGCCUGCAGCUCAAAUGUUCCUUCUCGUCCCGAAUGCUGGCGGCGGUGCCUUCUGAGGGCCUGAGCGUGGCUCUAAAAGCCCCAGCAGUCUUUGCGUUCAGGCCCCACAGCGGCCCGGUGUAUUCCCUACACUGCUCCCCUUUCCACAGAAACCUGUUUGUGAGUGCAGGGACUGACGGCCUGGCUCACAUCCACUCCCUGCUGCAGGCCGACCCGCUGCUCUCUCUGAGGGUUUCAGACUCCUACGUGUUUCAAGUGCAGUGGUCUCCAACCAGGCCACUGGUGUUUGCUGCAGCCAGUGGACAAGGUGACGUGCAGAUUUUUGACCUGGGCCGCAGGUCACUUCGACCAGCAGCCAGCAUCCAGGACGGAGGAGCGGACCACGCCGCCACGUGUUUGGAUUUCAACCGUCACAGGCCACGAGUGCUGGCGGUGGGAAAAACCAAUGGAACAGUCAGCAUUUGGCAGCUCAGCGAUGAUUUGGUGGAACAGAAGCCCAGAGAAUGCACCCAGCUGGAGCAAAUAGCCAAUCAGGGGGCAGAGUGAGACCUGCUACCAAAAGACGGAAGACCGCCUUAAAAAGAAAAGCAGAUCAAACUCACAUCUGCUUCCAUUUCUUUACUGAAAGGACUCAUUGGAAAAAAUAAAGCAGCAGCACAGGUU